AUGUGUGGAUUGGCAGGCUUUCUUUCGUUAGUGCAACCCGAGUUCGCAGACGGCCAACUGAAAAGUAUGGCCGAUGCGAUCAGCUAUCGGGGUCCCGACGCAAGUGGCUACUGGCAUGACGCCGCAACCGGCAUAGGUCUGGGGCACCGCCGCCUGUCAAUUCUUGACCUUUCUGAGGCGGGCAGCCAGCCAAUGAAAUCGCCGAGUGGACGGUUUGUCAUCGUCUUCAACGGCGAGAUUUACAACCAUAACGAUAUCCGGCGUCAUCUUGAAGAUUCCGGGCAGGGUGCAUUGCCCUGGCGUGGACAUUCGGAUACCGAGACCCUGCUCGCAGGCUUCGAUGUCCUGGGCAUUGAGGCGACCGUCCGAAUGGCGGUCGGCAUGUUUGCCUUUGCGGUAUGGGACUGUCAGUCUGAAAAACUGAUUCUGGGGCGUGACCGGCUGGAAGUAGCGGCGGUAGCCGCGCCCUCGAUCAAUUUCCUUGAUGCGGAAGACGACACGCAGCGGCGUGCCUACCUCCAGCUGCUGGGUGUGGAUGUCCACCGUUUCCAUCAGCAGGCGCGCGCCGUUCUCGAACUGCACGAAGCCCACGUAAAUCCGCCUUGGCCGUACAGCAUGCCUGAGCCAUACCAGGCUGCGUUGAUCUGUUUGCGCUCUAUGCCUGCGUCUGCCAGCGCUUCUUCAAACGCUUCCGAGAGCAGCUCGGGCGUGCCUAUGUCCCAGCGUUCGCCGAAACGCGAGCAGCCCAUGCCAAUGAUGGCGACCUUGUCCCUGAUACCUGUUGCCAUGAUGUUUCCUUUGUUUCUUCGAGGCAGUCCGCGCCUUACGCGAGUGGCUCAACGUCUGUGUUGCGGAGGCGAGGCCGCCGCGGAACCGGCUUCGCCGGGCCGCUAG